CCAGAAUUCUACCCACCAUUCACAACUCCCAUCCCUUCCACAGGAGCAUCAUUACUUUCCCACAAAUCAUCCUCCUCAACAGAAAGUUGAACGGUUCUAUUGACAAUAUCAUCCAUAUUCGCACUCUUACUAUUCGGUAAAUCCGUCUCCAAACAAGCACAAUGUAAAUGAAGAACACAGGAUUACGGUAAAUAACCACCGAGAGAACUCAUGGUCAUAACCAGACCAACCUAUUAUUCAACAGAAGGUGCAUCGGAAAGAGAAUGAGUUCUAGUCGUUUAGUGGCAGAGACCGUGUGGAAACAAAUUGAAUCAACUGCUUUAGUGACAGAUGAGCAACUCUCCAUCGUAAAUUUCUUGUUUGGAAAGAACUUUGAGCGAGCAACUAGGAUUGUGGAUCAAAGAGGUGUCAAGAGGAUCUCAGGGUUGCCCAGUGGACGUUCCAUCUUUCAGGUUAUGGGAGAAUCUAGAAGAAAGGAGGAGUACUUUUGCUUCCCUGAGCACUUUUGUGCCUGUUAUUCAUUCUUCUAUGACACUGUGAACAGAGGAGAACAGCUUUGUUGUAAACAUCAAUUAGCUGCAAGACUUGCUGCUUCACUCGGAGCAUGCAUUGAAGUAAAGGUCUCUGAUGAUGAGCUAGCUUUGUUACUUUCCAAGCUCUAAAAGGACUUUGGUGGAGUUGUCGAGUAGAAGAGGCACCGAAUUAUAGAUAGAAUUCAUUUCAGUUGUUGUGAUAGUGUAGAGAUUUUUGAGAGAUAUGUUAUAAAUAGAUAUGAUGUUUGAAUAAAAAGUACAAUCAACACGAACACUUUAUUCCUAAA